AGCAGUGUCGCGUAUUAUUAUUAUUUUUUUAAUUUUGAUGAUAGAGGGUACGCGGUACGCUGCUAUUUUGAUACUUAAAACAUGUCAAAAGAUAAAUAUAAUCUGAAAAAAGAUGUAUCCAUUCAUUGGUUUCGACAUGGACUUCGGUUAUAUGAUAACCCAGCACUGUUAGCUGCCCUAGAGAACUGUGAACAGUUCUAUGCUAUUUUUAUUUUUGAUGGUGAAGUAGCAGGUACAAAGACAGCUGCAUAUCCCAGAAUGAGUUUUCUAAUAGAAUGUCUUCAUGAUUUAAAUAAACAGUUAAAAGAAAAGGGUGGACAGCUCUAUGUAUUUAGAGGAGAUCCUGUGGAGACUUUUACUAAUUUAUUCAAAGAAUGGGGUGUAACAAAGUUAACCUUUGAGGUGGAUCCGGAGCCUAUUUGGAAUGAGAGAGACAAUAAAGUGAAAGCACUCUGCGAGAAGAAAAAUGUUAAAUGGGAAGAAUAUCAUGGCCAUACUUUGUGGAAUCCCAAUGAGGUUAUUGAAAACAAUGGUGGAUCUCCACCUUUGACCUUUAAAUUGUUUACUCAGACUAGCGAACUCGUUGGACUGCCACCAAGGCCACGUUCAUAUCCAGAUUUUAGCAAAGUCAAGAUGGAAGUAUCUAAUAAUGAUAGUAACAGAUUCUUUGUACCUACUUGUGAAGGCCUGGGUGUGUUUCCAGAAACAGAACAUCAGAAAAAUCCAUUAAAUCAUUAUAUUGGUGGAGAAGUGAGAGGUAGAAAAUUAUUGGAGACCAGAAUGAAAGUUGAAAGUGUGGCUUAUGAAUCUGGCUAUUGUAUGCCAAACCAGUAUAAACCUGAUCUGUUGGGUCCACCACUCAGUCUCAGUCCCCAUCUUCGAUUUGGGUCUAUUUCUGUUCGUGAAUUUUACUGGCGAUUACGUGAUACUUAUUCAGAGAUAUAUCCUGGUAAAGACGCUCCAGUAUCUUUAACAGCUAUGUUAAUAUGGAGGGAAUAUUUUUACACCAUGUCUGUCAAUAAUAUCAAGUUUAAUCAGAUGGUAGAUAAUCCUGUCUGUCUUAAUAUUAAAUGGUAUAAAAACCAGGAACAACUUGAUAAAUGGACAAAUGGACAGACAGGAUUUCCAUGGAUUGAUGCUUGUAUGAAUCAAUUACGUACGGAAGGUUGGAUUCAUCAUGUAGGACGACAUAUGGUGGCUUGUUUUCUUACAAGAGGAGAUCUGUGGAUAAGUUGGGAAGAUGGGCUGAAGGUGUUUGAUAAAUAUUUAAUUGAUGCUGAUUGGUCAGUUUGUGCUGGUAAUUGGAUGUGGGUCAGUAGUUCAGCUUUUGAAAAAAUGUUACAAUGUCCGAAAUGUUUUUCACCUGGUAUGUACGGACGUAGAAUGGAUCCUACCGGAGAAUAUAUCAGGCGUUAUGUACCUGAGUUGGGCAAAAUGUCACUGAAUUAUAUCUUUGAACCGUGGAAAGCUCCACUAGAAGUACAAGAAAAGGCAGGAUGUGUGAUUGGUAAGGAUUAUCCGCCUCCAAUGGUUAACCAUAGAGAAGCCUCACAAAGAAAUCAAAAACUUAUGGAGGAAGCCAAGAACAUGCUUAUGAAUAAAAAAAAUAAUCAUUGUUGUCCAUCUGAUGAAAAAGAAGUUCGAGAUUUUGUGUGGCUACCAGAUCACACUCCAGCUGGAUCUGUUUGCUCUGGAGAUACAUUAUGUGGUGGUAUAGAAAGCCUUUAAAAGGAAAAUACCUAUAUGGAUGUAUUAACAGAAUUAGAAUAUAAGAUACCAUUGAAAGCAUCUGUCUUUGCAUAUUCUUUGUAUUGGAUUUCAUUCAUUAAUAGUAUAAAAAUAGUUUCCGUAAUGCAUAAUCCUAACUAGUAAUAGUUUUACCUCUAAUUAACAAAUUAACACACCAUCUGUGUCUUAUGAUGAAAACUAUAUAUAUACCAGUAAUAAUAAUAAAAAAAUAUAAUUCACUGUUUAUACACAUGCUAUAUUAUAAGCUAUAAUAACUACUCCUGGUAUUCUGUAAACAGGUGGUUGUCAGUGAAUUCAUUAUAACAAAGUUUUUGGAUCAAUAACUCUUACAUACAGUGGUUGACAAUUCUCUGCAGUAUAGGUAAAUAGGUGAAAUAACAAAGAAACAAUUUUGUACUUAAAGGUGAACAUGGUUGAAACUAUUUCAUUACUAGAUAAUGAAUAAAAUGGCUACAGUUAUUAACAACUAAAUCAAUGUUAAACUGGUAUUAUGUUAAUGUUGUGCUAACAAAUGUUUGAUAUUGUACACAAUUGUAUUCGGUGACAUUAUUGUUAUUAUUACAAUAUCAGUAUAAGAUAUAAAUAUAUGUAUGUACCAGAUAUUUGGUCAUUAAAUGACAAUGUUAAAUUUUAGGAUAGUUUAAUAGGAUAAAAAGUAAUUGUGCCUUUCUACUCCUGGUAACAAUAGACAUUAUCAUGAUUUAUUGAUAUAUAGUCUUCUUACAGGAGGAGUAUUAUUGCAAUUGGAAAUAAUUUUUAACGAAAAAAUACUACCAAGGAAGUUUUAUUAUUAUAAUCAAAAGUCUUUAUUUGAUGGUUAUCAAAUAUUUGUUAUUACUAUUUCAAGGUGCUAUACAGCGACUGACCUAUUUAAGCGGUCUUCUGUAAUCUGCCAGAUUCAUUAUCAUGUACUAAUCCACUCAAUGAAAAAUCAUCAAAUUUUAAUCAUAUUUACAAAUAUUAUUUAUAGCCAUAUGAAAUUCCGAAAUUGCAUGCCUUAAGUUUUUAUACGCCCGCAUGGAAAUGUGAAUGUAUAUUGCUGUCGCCCCCGCCCGUCUAUUGGUCUGUCUGUUGUCCACAAUUACUUCUGAACACUCUACAGACUACGUUUAUCAUCUGAUUGUUUUAAAAUUUAUAUAUGUUGUUAACAUUAGUGAGAUGAAGAAUCCUAUUUAAUUUCAAUAAUUUCCAUUAAUUUCUUCUAGAGUUAUGGCCCUUGUUUCACCUGGUUGCACCUUGUGAACGCUCUAACAUCAAAAGUUAUCUUCCGAUCUGUAUGAAAUUUUUAUGCAUCAUUUAAAUUAGUAAAAAGAAAAUUCCUAUUCAAUUUCAGCAAUUUCCGUUAAUUACGUCUAGAGUUAUGGCUCUUGUUGAACUUAGUGAACUCUCUAAAUUAAUAAAACGAAAAAGCCUGUCAAAUUUCAACAAUUUCUGUAAGUAACUUCCAGAGUUAAGGCCCUUGUUUCAGUUUGUAAAACCUUGUGAACCCUCAAACGACGAAAAUUAUAAUCUGAUCUGUAUGGAAUUGUCUUGUAUAUGCCCCCAAUUACCUACAAAAGAAUAAAUGUCUGACAAUCCUUGUCGACCGCUCGGACAAAUUAGCUGCUGUUGGCAUAUGUUUCGUUUCUGUGGGGUAAAAUUGUAUCAAUACCUCAAAUUUGUGAGGGAUAUAUCUCAACAUAGACUGCAUGCCUCAACCUAAAAUUUUAAAAUAGCGAGGUAGGACAGACUUUCAUUAGAAUAGGGCAUAGGAUGUAAUAAAACAUAUAUUAUUAUUUUGGAGAGAUGAUUUCAAAGAGGUUUAGCCUUUUUAAACCCAACACUGCCUUUAAGAUACUCAAAAUAUUUUUAUUUUUAAUAAUAAAAGUAGUAGAAUUAUUUCAUGAUGAUCUCUGCCAAGGGGAAACUUCCCUUGUAAAUAGAAGAAAUCAUUACUUUUUUUCAUUAUUUUCAAUAAGUCACCUUCCUUACUCUAGCGUAUUCAGUUAGGUUUAACAGUAGACAAGGCUUAAUGCAUCAAGAAUCGAAUAUAAAAAAAAUUACUUUUCCAGUUAUUGAUGUGUCAGUCAGUAAUGUCUACAACAUAGAAUAUUAUUCUUUAACCAUGUAUGGUUUAACAUUCCUAAUGAAUUAUAUCUCAUAUUUAUUUAUAAAUGUACUAAUGUUAUUUAAAUGUACAGGAUAUCAAGUUUUAAACAUUUUGAUUUCAACAGAAUUGAGUUUGAGUCAUAUACUUUAUGAUGCAUCCAUUAGUUGUGUAUCACAAGGGGACAACUUGUAAAUAUCGUUCUGUAUAACUUGUCAGCAUAAGUUAACUCUUAUAGAAAAUGUAUUUAUUGUUAGUGCUGCAUUUCAGGUUCUGAGCGUGGUACAGUAUUUACAAGCUGUAAAGAUUUUUAUACGUCCACAUUAUGUGGACGUAUUAUGCCGUCGCCCCUGUCUGUCCACAAUUUGUUUGUAGACACUCUACAGGUCACAAUUUUUAUCCGAUUUUGAUGAAACUUGAAAUAUAGGUCUAUCUCCCAAAGAUCUUGAUUCCUUUCGAUAUUGGUAGAUAUCAGACCAUAACUUCAUGGAUUAUGGGCCCUGAUUGUACGAAAAUCAUAUUUUUAGAUUGUAGACCCUCUAGAGGCCACAAUUUUGAAACUUGAAGUGUAUGUUUACAACCCAAAGAUCUCCACAGAUCUUGGUUCAUUUCAAUAUAUCGCGCAUAUCCGACUGUAGCUUUCUGGAUUAUGGCCCCUGAUUGUACAAAAAAUCGUGUUUUUUAGCUUGUAGAUACUCUAGAGGUCAAAAUUUUUAUCCAAUUUAAAAAACGUUUCAAUAUAUCACCAUUCCACCAUAAUACAAAGUAUGUAAUACAAAGGGUGUAGAGGUCUCAAUUUUUAUUCGAUUUUGAUGGAACUUAAGAUAUUAUCCUUAUAUCCCAAAGUUCUCAAUCCUUUUCAAUAUUUGCACAUUCCAGAGUCCAGACCAUAACUUUCUGGAUUAUAGCCCCUGAUUGUAAGAAAAAACUUUUUUGUUUUUAGCUUGUUCUCUAUCCAUCUCUUGCAACAUGUGGGCUGACUUGCCUGGUUUAACAUAUUAACAAAAGACAGCUAUUAUUCUGGAUGGGCAACCGAUUUGUUUAUUGUGUAACUAACAUGGAGAACUGUGUUUUACAUGAUUUAAGUUUCUUCACACUCAGGACUUCCACCAGCAGUAGCAUAGCACCAUUAGGCCUAAUUCGUUAAAAUGAAUGAUACCAAUAGCUGCAAAUUAAAAGUGAUCAUAUAUAAAUGCCAUAAUAACUUUCUUUUCUCAAUCUUGUUCUUUAUUUUUAUCGUAACUGUUUUAGUUUUAGAUGAUAUAUGUUGUAUUUUGUUAUUAUAUAUUGUUUUGAUAUAUUUACAGUAUUAACUCUUUAUCAGUUAUAUUUAAAGUAUUAACUCUUGAUAAGAUAUAUUUACAGAUACAUUUUUAAUGUCACAAACUUGCAUGGAUUGAAGUUACAAGAGUGAUGAUUCAUGGAUAGAUCUUUUGUUAAAAAAAAAAAUCAAUUGUGUUAAAUGAAACCAGUUUGGCAAAACCAAAAUUAUUGGAUGAUUACAUACAGUUAUUGUCCUUUAGAAAAAAAAAUUGAUGACUAGUUCAUAACUGUUAGUAAAUUGUUGUAAAGGUAUUCCUACAUCAGCGUGUGAUGACCUGGGUCUUUUGGAGACAAUCUGGACCAUGUACUCUUUGUUCAGUAUAGCUAAAGCGGUGGACACACUAGCCGAAUGAUUUGGCCGAAUCAAUCGGCAUCGAAAUUCGCCUGGUGUGUCCACUGUCAUUCGGCCGAAUGAUUCGCCCGUAAGACAAUUUCAUUUCAUUUGGGGGAGAGGGUCUUAUUUUUACACUUCAUUGUAAUAUAACCUCUUGACUACUAAACUCGGAUGACUUACUUUUAUAUACCACUUCGUUUUAAAAUUCCCCAUAUUUGACAGAAACGAAACGUCAUAUACUGAUGUUUACAGGUAAUCACCACUUUAUGAAUACUGUCUACAAAGAAAAUGUCUGAUGUCAACAAUAUAGAAUAAGUGUGAUUUACAAUUGAGAAAACAGGCUGCUAGGAUGUUGUUUCACUAAAAAUAUUCAAUUAAUACUUGAUGCUGUUGUGAUGUAUUAUUUGGGAGCUAAAAAAAUGUGAUAUUGAAUAAAAUAUAUAUAUAUAUA